AUGGGCACGGCAUCUCACCAGACGAGUCAUGGGCCGUUUGGCAGUAUCUGCCCCCAGCGGCUCACGCCAUUUUCAUCGCUCGAAUCUCACAUCCCACGGGGUUGGAGGCUGAAAGCGGCUACCCCGCGUGGGUAUAGCGCGACCAGACCACGCCUAAUCCAGCGCUUGACGUUAGCCUCAACUGCCGGCCAGGGCGAGGGCUACCGGGCAGAAGCUGGCCUAGCACCGUCGAGCGAGGCCUUGAUUGGGCUGGGCGCCAGUUGGCGUUGCCCCUUUCGCAGUAGGCCCGCUGUCCAGCCCGUGGGGGAUCUCUCAUUCGGCCCUUCUCUGAUUGCUCGCACGCCAGCUGCGUGGUUCUGGUUCAAAACAUCUCAGUAUAGUCCUCUCCUAGUGCGCAAAGAGGGACUAAACAAUCUUCCCCAUGGGAGCGUUUGGACCGCCCAGGCUCUCGCAGGCCUGGAGAUGCUCCUUCACCGUGUCCACCGCAUUCAAGGGGCCCCGCGUUUUGACUCGUCGCAAUGGUGCUGA